GCGACGGUCGUGUCAAGUGUCAGUACCAGAAAACGCGCAAAAUCUUGAAGUAUUAAGGUAUCAAGCCUGUUCUGGAGUCUAUAGUACUCCAAGGAGAGGCGUCAAUAUCCAUUUCCCCGAUGUACAUCAAAACUCUGACCAUUCAGGGCUUCAAGUCUUAUAGGGACCAAACUCAGAUAGAACCUUUUUCUUCGAGGCAUAACGUAGUUGUUGGCAGGAAUGGCUCUGGGAAAAGCAACUUCUUUGCAGCUAUUCGUUUCGUCUUGUCUGAUGCCUAUACUUCCAUGUCACGAGAGGAGCGCCAGGCGUUGUUGCAUGAAGGAGUAUCUGUAACAACGACAUUGUCCGCUUAUGUGGAAAUUAUAUUCGACAACUCCGACAAUCGUUUCCCGACUGGUCGCGAAGAAGUCAUACUUCGACGUACAAUCGGCCUGAAGAAAGAUGAAUACAGCUUGGAUAAGAAGAGCGCCAGUAAAGCUGAUGUUAUGAACCUUUUAGAAAGUGCCGGCUUCAGUAAAUCGAAUCCAUAUUACAUAGUUCCGCAAGGUCGGAUCACUGCACUUACCAACGCAAAAGACCACGAAAGGCUUGCAUUACUCAAAGAAGUAGCAGGUACCAAAGUUUAUGAACAGCGCCGAGCUGAAUCACUCCGUAUCAUGUCCGAAACGGAAGCUAAACGCUCUAAAAUUAGCGAAUUGCUGGAUUACAUCGAAUCGCGAUUAACCGAAUUAGAGGAAGAGAAAGAGGAGCUCAAAGAGUUCCAAGAGAAAGAUAAGGAAAGAAGAUGUCUGGAGUAUGCUCUAUAUCAGCGUGAAUUAGAAGAGGUAGGCGAAGCCCUGGAAGAAAUUGAGGAGGAGCGAAAGGGUGAAGUACAUGGUGCAAAUGUACGCCGAGAACAGUUCAGCAGCCGCGAAAAAGAGAUACAGCGUUUGGAGCAGGCGAUAUCACAAGCAAAGCACUCUUUAUCCACGAUGCUUCUGACUCGCCGAGACGCCCAAUCCGAGCUUACCGACAUGGUGCGUUCUCGCACUGAGCUGGAAUGCAUUAUAGCGGAUCUCCGCUCUGCUGGCGAACGUGCUGGAGGACAACUUGCGUCAUUAACCUCAGACCUUUCCGCCAUAGAACAACAGUUAGCGGAUAAGGAAGAUGAACUUCAACAAGUAUUGCCUCAGUGGGAACAGCAGCGACUUUUGGAAAGCACCGAGAGGCGCCAGAUGGAGCACGCUCGCAACAAACUCUCAGCACUUUUCGCAAAACAGGGACGUGUAAACCGUUUUUCUACUCAAGCUGAACGGGAUAGAUAUUUACGCCAUGAAAUUGCAUCCUUGGAGUCUUACCAGCAGACCCAGACGCUUGCAUUGGACGCUACUCAAAACGAACUGACUGCUUCACGAGCAGCACUAGCUGAGCUAAAUCAAAAGAUCGAGGGUAUACAAAGUAGUAUCGAAGAUGGGAAGACACGAGGACGUGAUGUGAUCGACCAGCUAAUGAGAUUGAAAGACCAGCAGAGUGAGCUCAGCGAGAGGAGAAAAGAAUUAUGGAGGGAGGACACGAAGCUGGACGGUUUAGUUAGCCAUGCAGCCGACGAGAUGAGAACUGCAGAGAGAAAUCUUGCCAGCAUGAUGGACAAGGACACUGGCAUGGGACUCAGGGCUGUAGACAGAAUUGCUGAGCGCCACGGCAUAGAAGGGGUAUAUGGUCCCCUCUAUCGCCUUUGUGAGAUUCCCGACUCGACUUUUAAUACAGCGGUCGAACUAACGGCCGGAAACAGCCUGUUCCACGUAGUAGUCGACACAGAUGAAACGGCUUCCAAAGUGCUGGACAUCAUGAUCAAAGAAAAGACAGGUCGCGUCACAUUCAUGCCUCUGAACAGGCUGAAACCCAAAACUCCAACCUUACCCCCCAAUCAGGAUGCUUUGCCUCUGAUCGACAAGAUUCGCUUCGAUCCUGUUUAUGAAAAAGCCUUCCAGCAGGUGUUUGGAAAGACGUGGGUGUGUCGGGACCUCACCAUUGCUGCUGCAUACGUCAAAAGUCACGGAAUCAAUACCAUAACGCUCGAUGGUGACAGAGUGGAUAGAAAAGGGGCGCUUACUGGUGGGUAUCACGAUGUUCGGCGAUCUCGUAUCGAAGGAAUCAAAGCGGUCACAACUUGGAGGUCGAAGUUCGAGGGGGACGACAAAAAGUCCAAAGAAGUGAAAGCUGCUACCCUUCAAAUUGAACAAGAGAUUACCAGAAUUACUGGAAAAAUUCAAAUCCUCAAUAUCCAGCAAUUGCAAGCCCGAGAGUCAAGGGAAAACUUAGUUGUGGAUGGCAAUGCUCUUGCUAGAGAUCGCGAGAUGCUCAAAGGACGCAUAGCCAAAGUAGAAGGCGACGUGGACGAUCUUGAAACAGAGUUGAAUGGAAUCGAGUCACGUCUCCAGGGUUAUCACGUUGAGCUUGCCAGUCCUCUUACGCAAGCUCUGACGGAUGAAGAAGCCAGGAUGUUGGAUGUUCUCGGCAAAGAAGUUGAGCGGCGGCGCAAGCAAGUCGUAGAAUUUGGUAAAACGAGAGCAGAGUUUGAGAAUCGGAAAAAUAUACUCGAGAUCGACCUUAAUGAGAACUUUCGGCGCCGUCGCAAAGAAUUACAGCUGAAGAUUGAAUCUCUAGGAGAACCUGAGGAUGGCGAUACGUCGUCCACGGAUGCACUUGACACUCGCCUUCGAGAGUUAAAAUCGUUGAGUUUAUCGAUUGCGACGCUGACGAAGAGAUCACAAGAUGCGGACAAGGAUGCUGAAAAGUUGACCAGCGAACUCCAGGAACUGCGCUCAUCUUUAGAAAGGGUACAGAGUCAGCAGUCAGAAGACAGUCGUGGUAUUACCCGGCAGCAAAAGAACACAGAGCGUUACCUGGCUAAGAAGCAGAUGUUGAUGGGUCGUAAAGACGAGUGCAACCGCAAUAUCCGUGAUCUAGGAGUUUUACCUGAGGAAGCAUUCGAGAAAUAUACUGGCGAGAGACUUGACCGUCUUGUUAAAAAGCUUCAUACAGUUAACGAAGGCUUGAAGAAAUUUGCACAUGUCAACAAGAAGGCAUUCGAGCAGUAUAAUAAUUUCACGAGACAAAGAGAUCAGCUUCUGCAAAGGCGCGAGGAUCUAGACAAGUCUGCUAGCUCAAUCGAAGAACUCGUGCAGGUGCUUGACCAACGCAAGGAUGAAGCUAUUGAGCGGACAUUUAAGCAGGUAGCCAGCAAUUUUGAAGAAGUAUUUGGUACCCUAGUGCCUGCGGGGAGAGGUAGACUUAUAAUUCAGCGACGCAUCGAUCAGGAUGAAGAAGAGGUGGAAGAAGUUGAUGAUACACAGCAAAGUACAAUUGACAACUACACUGGGGUCGCGAUCAAGGUGUCUUUCAACUCAAAGGUUGACGAGGGCCUACGGAUACAGCAGUUAUCCGGAGGUCAAAAGUCUUUGGUCGCCCUGGCUACAGUGUUUGCCAUCCAAAAGUGUGAUCCAGCGCCUUUCUAUCUGUUUGACGAGAUCGAUGCAAAUCUAGAUGCGCAAUAUCGCACAGCAGUAGCAAGGAUGAUUCAGUCAUUAUCGUCGACUGCACAGUUCAUAACGACUACCUUCCGACCUGAGAUGUUGUUUACUGCUGACAAAUUCUAUGGUGUGUUGUUCAACAACCAGAAGAUCAGCUCUAUCAGAAGCAUCAAGCGUGAAGAGGCCAUGGAAUUUGUGGACCAAGAUAAAGACUUACUUGACUACUACCCCGAGUACCCCUUAUUCCAAUCAGUGGUUUUGAUCGGACCCGCUCUAGACUACACCCAGUAGGAUGUACUCAC